AAUAUAAAUGUAAUAUGUAAUAUAAAUGUAAUAUGUAAUAUAAAUGUAAUGAUAUCUGAUUCAUGAUUUAGAACUAUUUUUCACUUGUUUUCAUUAUUCUAGAUGAAAAGCAGACCUGCUGCACACAGCUGGGUAAAUAGGGCAGUUUCUUAUAUUUCCCACCAGGUAGGCACACCUUUGUUCUCCUGUACUCUGCUUUAACUGCGUCAGAGCCAGCAGGUAUGACGUGUGAUGCACGCAUCUGGACUGACUUCCCAACAGCUGUCCAGGUGUUGGCAGGAGGAAGGUCGCGAGGGAAGUCCAGCCUCAGUAGAAACGAUUCUACCUGCAUCUCCACGUGUAGAUGUGUAGGUCUGGUCACGUGGGCAGUUUUUUCUCUGGAUUAAGUUGGACCGGUAGCCAGGGGGAGGGGCUAAGCGUGAUUGGUGCCACGCGCACGCGGACUGUUUUAACGUAUCUUUUACCGUCAGACUGGUUUUCUGAUCUUUCUUCCUCCUCGUCGUUGUUGUUGUUGUUGUUGUUUACCUGCUGAAGAUGGCCUGGCAGGGGCUCCAGAAGGGGGAGACGCUGGCGUCGCUGAAGCAGGAGAGCGAGAAUCUGAGGAGGAAGCUGGAGGAGGAGCGGGGCAAGCUGACUGAUGUGGAGCUGCAUCAGGUUGCUGAGAAGGUCGAGACGGUGGCGGCUCUCUCCAUUAAAACCAGACGUGUGCUGAAGGGUCAUGGGAACAAGGUGCUGAGCAUGGACUGGUGCAAAGACAAACGCCGUCUGGUCAGCUCCUCACAGGAUGGGAAGGUGAUCGUCUGGGAUGCUUUCACUCUCAAUAAGGAACACGGGAUCACCCUGCCGUGCACGUGGGUCAUGGCUUGUGCUUACGCCCCGUCGGGUUGUGCCGUAGCGUGUGGAGGGUUGGACAACAAGUGCUCGGUGGUGCCGCUGUCUCUAGACAGAAACGAGAAUGUUACCGCUAAAAAGAAGUCCGUAGCCAUGCACACCAACUACGUAUCAGGAUGCAGCUUCACCAACUCCGACAUGCAGCUCCUGACCUCCAGUGGUGAUGGCACGUGUGCCCUGUGGGACGUGGAGAGUGGACAACUGCUGCAGAGUUUCCACGGUCACACAGCUGAUGUCCUGUCUCUGGACCUGGCGCCAUCUGAGACGGGGAACACGUUUGUCUCUGGGGGCUGUGAUAUGAAGGCUAACGUGUGGGACAUGCGCUCCGGCCAGAACAUCCAGUCCUUCGAUAACCACCAGUCUGACAUCAACUGUGUGAAGUAUUACCCCAGUGGAGACGCUUUUGCAUCUGCAUCUGAUGACGCCACGUGUCGCUUCUAUGAUUUGCGAGCUGACCGUGAAGUGGCCGUUUACCAGAAGGACAGCAUCAUAUUCGGUGCCUCUAGUGUGGAUUUCUCCUUAAGCGGCCGCCUGCUUUUUGCUGGAUAUAACGAUUACACCAUCAAUGUGUGGGACGUUCUAAAGGGGACUCGUGUCUCUGUCCUCUUUGGCCACGAGAACCGAGUCAGUAGAGUGAGAGUAUCACCUGACGGCACCGCUCUCUGCUCUGCCUCCUGGGACAACACCUUAAGGGUCUGGGCCUGAACCUGGACCCAGUGGGACCUCGUCUGUCCCGGUUCUGCUGGAGACUCUGGAUCAUCUGUAAACGUAGCUGUUGUUAGGUGGACGUAUUUAUUUAUCCAGCAUUACUAACAUGAGACUUCUGUAACGGGACAACGUGUACUCACACAUAUGCUCAUGUUGAACUUGCUGUUAGCUUCCAAGCUAGUUUAUUAAAGAAUCCGAUGUGAACAGAA